CGACGGCAGGCCCCGUUCGGCCUCUGGUUGCAGCCCCAGCAGGGCCGCCGGCGCAGGAGCAAGGAGGGCGGAGGAUCGAGGGUCUCCCCGGGUCCGCUCGUGCAGGCGACCGGGCGGCUCCCGGGGGGCACCGGCGAUGGCGGCCCCCCCGGCUGCGAGUGCAGGGUGUCGAAGGGACGCGCGCCGCCACGGCCAGACGAGGCUGCCUCCACUGUGGGUGGAGCCGCGAAAAAGAGCCGUUUUGCUUUUCCUACUCUGUUCGUUUAAAUCUCCGCAUUUUCUCGAGGAACGUGUAUGACAUGUGAAGGGGCCUUCGUACGAGUCGAAUCAUUGGCCCACCUGCCCCGGUAUUGUCUGGACUGGAAGCCUAAACCAGAGAUCAGAUACAGAAUGGAGAAAGAAGGAUGCAAGCUGGAUCCCCAGAACUCUGGGGAAGGGCAGAUCCCAAAAGACACCAGCUUAGGGGUGCCACUUGCUGAGGACCAAGUGGCUUCUGCUGCCAUCACUGUGGCUACCGCUGCGGUGGCUGCCAUUAAGACCGUCACAGGGAUCCAGUCGCGCAUUUUCACAAGGCUGGCGACCCGGCGGAGGUUUCAGCGACGAGACCACGAUGACCUGGACGCGCUCGAGCAGAUGGUGGAGAACGCAGCGGCCGUGCGCCUCCGGGCCGUCGUGGAGUCCAGCAUAGACUCCCUGAGGACCAUGAUGUGCUCCUGCCUCUUCCAGUCCCCGGCGGUCCUCGCUGGGCUCAUAGAUGAGCUUUACAUCAUGGAACGCGCGUUCUGGGUGCAACCGGGGCGCUCGGAAUGGUGGGAGAAGGUCGUCCUGCCGCACUGGGAUGACCCGCUCUGGCGAGAGAAUUUCAGGAUGAGCCGGCAGACCUUCAUGGAGCUGUGCGACAUGCUGAGGCCUGUCCUGGAGCGGCAGACCACCAACAUGAGAGCCCCAAUUACGGUUGAGAAGCAGCUGGCCAUCGCCGUCUGGAAGCUGGCCACCCCGGACAGCUACCGCUCCGUGGCGGAGUGCUUCGGCGUUGGACGGUCCACGGUUUCGAGGAUCGUGAUAGAGGUUUGCCAGGCACUCUACGACGUGUACCACCACGUGGUGCACCUCACCAGUCCCCAGGGGGCGAUGAACGGCUUCGCAGCCAAGGGCUUUCCCCACUGCAUCGGGGCCAUCGACGCCAUGCACAUCCCCAUCAUCGCCCCCGCCCACAGAGCAACGGAGUACAUCAACAGCAAGGGCUAUUACUCGAUGGUCCUGCAGGCACUGGUGGACCACGAAGGCAGGUUCACGGAUGUGUACGCCGGGCGGUCCGGGAAGGUCCACGACGCCAGGAUCUUCCGCAGCUCCCCCAUCUUCCGUGCCAUGAAUCAAGGCACAUUUGGCCCCAGCACAGUCCUGGACAUGGAGGGGGAGCAAGUGAAACCGGUGAUCCUUGGGGAUCUCGCCUAUCCUCUCCUGCCCUGGCUAAUGACUCCCUACAGCGGCCACCUGGACACCCGCAAGCAGCUGUUCAACGACACCCUGGGCCGCUGCCGAGCCGUGGUGGAGUACGCUUUCGAGCGCCUCCGGGGCCGCUGGCGGUGCCUGCUCUCCCGUCUGGACGUGCGGGAACGCUACGCCCCCAGAGUCAUCGUGGCUUGCUGCAUCUUGCACAACAUCUGCGAGGCCAAGGGGGAGCCCCUCCAGGAAGGGUGGGAGGAGGUGGUGAGAUCCGUCGCAAGGUCUUAUCAACAGCCCGAGCGCCAGCCCGUGUAUGUGUCAAACCCCCGUGCCCGGGAGAUCAGGGAUCUUUUCAGCACAUACAUGGAAAGGAGAGCACGGGAAAAGCAAAGCUGAAUCCUCCUUUCCUCCCAAAAUUGACAUUUUUGGCAGGUUCUGGGAAGAAGAUCUGCCACAUUUCUCACAUCUCACAUUUCACAUAAUUUGGACAGGGCACUUUGUAGUCUAGUCUCUUCCCUGCACAAGCUGGAGUAAAAUUUCAAGUAACCGAGGAGGGGGAAACUCGUGGUGCUCUUGAUGUUUUGCCUUUCAGCUCCCGUCAGCCUAGCCAGCAUGGCCCAUGGUGAAGGAUGAUGUGCAUUUUAGACCAAAAAUCUGGGGGCCAUGAGUUGUGCGCCCUUGGCAUGCCCCGUCUCCUGCUCCUUCUGUCUGGAGAAUCGUUGCAGCGCUUGUGUUCAUCCUUCCACACUGUGGCUGGUGGCUCCACAAGCGGCCACUGCUCCAGGUUGAAGAGUCUCAUGGCAAGGUGUGCUCUGAAGAACCCCUUCCGGGGCUGCUGGGCUUAAAUGGUGGCCAAGGGCAAUGGAACCAGCAUCGAUGCUGGAAGCUACCCGUUCCUUUCCCACUAUUAGGCGGAUGGCAAAUUGAGGAUGUGAUUUCUCCAUCCACUGGGACAACAGCAACCACAAAAGAACAUGGGUCGGGAGUGAGUUACUUUAAGUGGUGCUACAAAAUCCGAAAACUGGAAAAUUGGAAUUAAUGUUAUUUUAACAUUACAGUAUUUUAAUUGUGUCUAACACACUCCCUUCACACUUGUUUGAUGUGUCUUUGUGAGGAAGGGUGCUAGAAAUAAGAUUCAGUUCAUGUUGGUUCAGGAUCAAAUUCUGUAAUAAACUGUGGCUCGAACCUGGA